UGCCCCCUCCAACCUCCCCUCAACCGGUGAUCGGUCCAUUUGCAGCUAGGCUAGCUCCGACCAGACCAAACAUCGCCACCCCUCCCUCUCGCAUCGCACACUCGCAUACCCACCUAGCUAGCGACCACCUCUAGCCACUACAAGUGAGCUAAAAGUCGGAGCCCGGCCAGUCUUAGCUAGCUAGCUCUGCAACAAGAAGCACUUGCUAGCUGCUCUCCGAUGAGAAGGCAGGGGCGCAAUGAGGCUUCCCCGUCGAUCAUCCACACGUCGUCCAUAGCUCUCCUCCAGGAGCGGUUCAGGAACCUGCAGAGGGUCAAGGAGAUGCGGGAGGGCAGGGAGCUGCAGCGGGUGCACUACUCCGCCGACGCCACCGACCGCGCCGGCUCCCCGUUGCCGCCGGCGCCUCUCGACCUUGGCCUGCAGCCGACGGCGGCCAGCGGCGACGAGCGGCCGAGGUGGUUCUUGCACCCGGACCUGGUCCGGCCGUCCAGGCCUCUCCACGGCGCGUCCGCCUACAGCGGGUUCGGCGGCGUCCAGGCAUCCCAGCCCGUGGCGCAGGCUGCAGCCGCGGCGUCGGCGGCGAGCUCGUGGGGGGAGCUGCCGAGAAUGCAGAAUUCAGGCUAUAGGGGUGAUGUAGACGUGGACACCUCGCUUCAUCUGUAAUAUCGUCGUCUACGUACGUACGUAUGGCAUUGGCAUCCCUACGGCCUGCGGCUAGCUGUUCUUUCGUUAUUUUGUACGUACGGCUUGUAAGCUCCCGACUUAUUUGCAGUACCACUAGUUAUUACUACUACUUGUUGGGUUACUUUAA